AUGGCCCCCAAGAGACAUAACAACAAGGCCCCCAAGGCCCCCAAGGCUCCAAAAAACCACAAAACCACCUCCAAGUUCAAGAAGGUGCAGGCACCUAUCACUACCCGUGUGACACGCUCUAGGGCCCGUGAGUCUGGGGAGGAGUUGGUCUCUCUUGACAUCACCGCGGUUACCAACACCACGGUUACCACUGAGAUCAAGGUAACACCGUCAAAGGCGCCAGGCACAGAAGAGAUCAAACUGAGUCCACCCACCAAGAGAAAGGCGUCCACCGAAACACCUCGUGACUUGGAAUCGCUUCCUAGAAAAUUGGCGAGGAAUGGCCGCGCACCAAAGUCGCCUUCUAGUCCUAAGAAAACGCCCACCGAGAAACAGGUGGGUCAACCCCCGGUUACUCAGAAAGAGCCCCCAGUUUCCCAGCCAGUGCCCCCUCUUACUCAAAAAGUGCCCCCGGUUCCUCAGACACCACCCCCGGUUCCUCAGACAGAGGUCCCGGCUACUCAGACAGAGAAAGUAACCCAGGUAGACCCGAACUCUUCUACCAGCAGCAGUGGCAUUGGUUCUGUCAGCAUUGGCAGCUCCAUCUUUGCAAGCCCCGCGGGAAGCGAGAAAAGUGACAGCACCGGUGGCAUCAGUUCUCUCAACGGUGGCUCUAACUCUGAGAGGAACCUCAGCUCUCCCGAUUCUCCCGACAAGCCUCCUAGUGAUUCUGGGUCCGACUCUAACCCUCGGAAUCGUGACCGGGCCCCUUUCCCAGCUCAUACUAAUGGUUUCCUUACUGCUCUCGUUUCCCUGCUCGAGAUUGCUGACAAUGUUCGCGGCUUGAAGCAGACAAUUGAUGAAACGCCUGGGGUGUCUCCUAACUGGGCCGACUCCGAGCGGUACUCCCGCUACUCCUCGUCCACUGAAUCAAGCCUCUACAGGUUCUAGUAGCUCUCGUGCUUUUCAUCAUCAUAAUUCUCUACCAAGCAACGUGAUGCAGAGAAGCAGUUAGCUAAAACAAUAGAUAUUGGUUCUUCAAUGCGCAAUGAAGCGUCUUUUGACA